AGUCCAGCUACUCUGAACCCUCUCAGAUUUCCUCCAAGUACUCCGUUCCCAGAACACACUCGUUGAUAAAUUUAGUCUAAAACACACUCACUGCAUGUCAAACAAGCACCAGCUACCCACUCAAAAACAGUUCCACUGAUUUAAGUCUCAGAGGAUUCAUCCAGAAGCAUCCAGAAGAUUAUUUUUUUUUGGCAUCAUGUUGAAGGGAUUCAGUCGGAAUUACUAGAGCAGGUCCAUCAGGGUUCAAGUAGCACUCCGCAUCUGUCCAGAAGUGAUGUGUUGAACAAAGACAAUAAAGAUUUCAAUGAGCGCGGACCAGGAAAGAGUCCAGAAGACGUCAAGAAGAUUUCUGCUCGGACCACUUUCAGGGAUUCGUUCAGAUGGCCUGACAUGAUCUGUGACUGUACGCAACAUAUUUCACUGUAGAGAUUGUACAGCAGCUCAGGACUGUGAAUCGUGUGGAGCCAUGAGCCACUCGGAGGAACAAGACCGAUGCUACAGCCGCCACACUGAGGAUGACAGCCCCAAUGGCUCCUGGUCCUGGUUGCAGACCAUGAACUAUGUGGGUCAGCUGGCGGGCCAGGUGUUCGUGCAAGUCAAGGAGCUGUACAGAGGACUCAACCCUGCAACACUAUCUGGAUGCAUAGAUGUCAUUGUGGUCCGGCAGCCCGAUGGCUCCCUGCAGUGCUCCCCCUUUCACGUCCGCUUCGGCAAGAUGGGCGUUCUGCAGUCCCGUGAAAAAGUGGUGGACAUAGAGAUCAACGGAGAGCCAGUGAGUUUGCACAUGAAGCUGGGAGAGAAUGGAGAGGCCUUCUUCGUCAAAGAGGCGGAGGACAUGCUGGAAGUAGUUCCAUCCUACCUGGCAACAUCACCCAUCAUGUCAAUAGGGGAGGAGUUGAUGGAGUCCCAGCUGGGCAGGGGCAGUUCUCGUCACCAAGACACCACCCCCUGCAGCUCUCUUCCUCUUCAGAGCCUGGGACCCCAGCAAAGUGACGGGGGGAUGAUCAAAAAGAGGAGGAAGAGGAGGAGGAAGGCACGGCCAGAGGGAGGGGGAGGAGCGAGGAGAGAGGAGAGUGGGGAAGAGUUCUCGGAGGAUGAGGACAUGUUUACCAUUGACCUGAGCUCGGAUGAGGAGAGAGAGGGUGACGACAGCAGACCUAUGUACGGUGAUCAGGGGACUACGGCCAUCACCCAUACACACCCCAGCACUGACUGGACCCGAUCACAGCGUAAAGUGAUCAAGGAGAUUCUCUCCAUCCCUCCACCCUGUGGUCUGUCCAUCUCUUGUCCUCAGCAGACUUCUCACUUCUCCUCUCUUGUUAGCAGCCCUGAUGAUUCACGGUCAUCAACACCAAAGAGCGACUCAGAGCUGACCAGUCAGGAUAAAAACAACCCUGAAAUGCUGUGGACCUGGGGGGAACUGCCACAGGCUGCACAGCCAGCCUUCCUGACUUCCCACCUGAAGCAGGACCCCACCUCAACAGUCUCCAUCCCGCUCUCAGCCAGCACUCACUUCAGAGCCAUCAGUGACAGGGGACCCCCUUCCCUCACCCUCUAUGGCCCACAGCCAGAGGAGAGCGCUGCUAUUGGUGGGCACAAGGACACCGAAGAAAGCAAGAAUGGAGCCAGAGAUGGACUAAGUGCCAGGACCGGAGGAGAGCAAGGAACACAGUCGGAGGGUAUGGGGCAGUCUUGUGCAGAGAUGGAGGGUCUUACAGCCUGCUCAGUGUCGCACGGGAUUCUCCCUGAUCAUCUGGGCGAGGGCGAAAAUAGAGGGAGUCCCAUUAGAAGAACCGAUUCACCAUCCAAGAGGAGAGAAAAGAGAAGCCAACACCUGGGUGCUGAUGGCAUGUACCUGGAUGACAUUACAGAGCUGGAGCCUGAAGUAGCAGCUCUCUACUUUCCUAAAAGUGACGGAGGCAGCAGCUCAAUGAAAGGAGACUCAGAGAUGAUGAUGAUGGGAGCGCGGAGCGCUAAUCAGUCCCCACAGUCCGUGGGCAGCAGUGGGAUGGACAGCGGCGUGGACAGUUUGUCCGACCAAUUAGGGGACCUGCCUCACGUCGGCAUCUCUUUGUGUGGGGGACUCACUGACAACAGGGAGAUCACAAGAGAGCAGUUCCAGGAGAGGGCCGUUUCCUUCCAGCAGUUCUCUGAAAACCCCUCUUUAAUUGAUGACCCUAACCUGGUGGUCAAGAUAGGAAACAAAUACUACAACUGGAACACAGCAGCUCCCGUCAUGUUGGCCAUGCAGGUCUACCAGAAACCUCUGCCGCAGGCCUCAGUGGAGAACAUCAUGAAGGAGAAGAUGCCAAAAAAAGGAGGACGCUGGUGGUUCUCGUGGAGGAGCAGGAACAGCGACUCCAAAUCGGAAUCAGUGUCAGAGGCAGGAGGAGACGGAGGAGAAAGCUCAAUCACUAUGACCUCAGCGAACAGGAUGAAGGAUGAGUCAUCAUCGAGUGAUGAGGACCACAGAUCCUCCCAUCAGAUGUCAGGAUCCUGCCAAUCGGAGCCCCUCGUCAGUUCUGGCAGCAUCUGCUAUAAGAAGACUCUUCGGCUCACCUCAGAGCAACUGACUAGCCUGCAGCUGAAGGAGGGUCCUAAUGAGGUGGUGUUCAGCGUGACCACUCAGUAUCAGGGCACCUGCCGCUGCAAUGGCACAAUCUAUCUCUGGAGCUGGGAUGACAAGAUAGUCAUCUCCGAUAUAGACGGAACCAUUACCAGGUCCGACACCCUGGGUCACAUCCUGCCCACGCUGGGUAAAGACUGGACCCACCAGGGGAUCGCACGGCUCUACCACAAAGUCAGCCAGAAUGGAUAUAAAUUCAUGUACUGCUCGGCGAGGGCCAUCGGCAUGGCUGAUAUGACGCGAGGGUACCUGCACUGGGUCAAUGAGAGGGGAACCAUGCUGCCCAUGGGGCCGGUGCUGCUCAGCCCCAGCAGUCUGUUUUCUGCCUUGCACAGGGAGGUGAUUGAGAAGAAACCAGAGAAGUUUAAGAUCGAGUGUCUCACGGACAUCAAGCAACUUUUCUACCCCAACACUGAACCUUUCUACGCCGCCUUUGGCAACAGAGCUACGGAUGUGUAUUCCUAUAAGGAGGUGGGUGUUCCACUGAACAGGAUUUUUACUGUCAAUCCUAAAGGGGAGCUGAUACAGGAGCAUGCCAAAACCAAUAUCUCCUCCUAUGGGCGUCUCUGCGAUAUGGUUGACAACGUCUUCCCAGUCCUAGUUCAAGAUGAGGGCUCAGACCUGCCAUGCUCUGACACUUUUGACCAAUGCAACUACUGGAACAAACAACUUCAUGAUGGCACUGACCAGGAAGAAGACGACCCACUGCCUCUCGAGACGAGCUGAGGAAACUCCCAUCGACUGCAGCACAGAGGUCGCUGCAUUCCAGCAUUUAUUUACAUCGCACAACAAUGUGGACGUUGGUUUUGUGACUCAUCACCCCGAUGAUUUUAAGAGUGAAUAUGCGGAUUAUUUUAGACUUAUAUGUGAAUAUUAAACGAAAAAAGCCCUGUGACUUCCUCAAGGCUUAAAUGUUACUUCAAAUAAGUAACUGUAACUACUGGUUCAAAGUAGAUGAACGUGUUUUCAAUGUUCCACAUAAACAGAUAAUUGCGCGCCCAUUCAACAGUGAGAACAAAAGCAGUCCUGAAUACCUAUAAUGAAACCCGAAGAUGAAGCCACUUCAAGUAGAUCUUUGGGAUUGUUUAAGAUGGAAACAAAAAGAGGAAUAAGAGUAGGAAGUUCAAAAGUCAGAACUAGAGGGGGGAAAAAAAGAAAUCGUAAGACUGCUGUGUCAGGAAAUGACCCAACCCAAACCCAAAUGAAUUUCACACACACACACACACACACACACACACACACAUACACACACAUAUAUCAGUAAAAAUUCUGAAGUCAUUACAGAGACAAUCUACAAAAGUGCUGCCGUAUUUGUAUCCCUCACUGCAUGUUUUUUUUAGUCUGUAGGAGAUUCCUCUGACUAGUUACCAUUCUCUCCCUUAUCGCACAUCCGUCUGUAUUCACCGUUGUCGACAGAAAAGCUGCACCACAAUAACCCCAAACUCUCAUCACCAACAAAGGCUGGUAUCAAAUCAAUUUAUCUGUACUCAUAUCACCCAUCACCUAAUGCUCACUGUUUUUAUUUAAAAAAAGGACAUUAUAGAUGUGGCCAUGUUUAAAAUAAUUGGCUGUCAUGAGCUGCUCAUGGGCUUCUGGUAAAGUUCACAAAAACAUAUUGUUACAACUUAUCCAUGAAAAUUAAAUAAGAAAAUAUCUUGAAGAAAUCCUCCUGUACCCGAUCAAUUCUACCACCAGAUUCAACAACUGACAAGAAUUUAUAAGUUAUAUACACAAUUCAGCUUUUUUCGAUCUCAAAUUAGCCUCUUGGUGCAUCACUCUUUUUUUUUUAACCUUUUUGUUUAGGAAAGAAUAGUGGCUCAGAAUCUUGCUCUAUCUGCUCCAGGUAUAUGGCUGUCGUUAGCACGUACAGCAGGUGGAAAGUGAAACCUUUGGAACAUGCAAAUAAGUGUCACCGAUGGUGAACAGUAACCCUAGUGUAUCAAACUCCUCUGCAGGUCAAGCUAAAGGCGUGUGGUUGUUUGACCGUGCUACUGUGAAAGACUUCAGAUUUCUAGAACACUUUCUCAAAAGUGUUCACUAUACUCAAGGUACAUGCAGCACAAUGCAACUAACUUCAGUCUGUGUUCUUGACAUAUGUCUUUUAUAUGCGUGAUUACAUUAACCUCUGCUAGAAUGUAGAACAUGCGUUAUUCCAACGACUAAUGCUCAUCAAUGCAAUAACUGUAUAAGCGCAUACGGGAUAUGGUCAUCAAUUUUCAGUUUUAAAAUGUUAUUGCACAACUCAGUAUACUUCAUGUACAGCACUAAUCUGCCAUAUGUAUUUAUUUAUUUAUAUAUGUAUAUACAUGCGUGUGUGUGUAUACAUAUAUGUGCAUUUAUAGUUGUUCUUAUAGAUAAUAUUUACUGCAAUUCAUUAAUGGGAGAUGGAUGUCUGCCUAUUUUUAGCACGUGUUUAAAUACAAAUGGGAAAAACCACUGUACAUAAUGAAUAACAAACUUUUGAGAGCUAUUGUCUACACUUAGUCACCGGUGCUCAUUCAAAUACACUUGCAUCCAUUACUAGAAAUCUGUCUCCAUUAAACCAGUGGCCACCUGUUGCACUAGGAGGUGUCGGUUUUACCAUGUGACCAUUAAAGCAAUAGAUCAACAUGCAGUAUUUUAGGAACGCCCACAGGCGGAUUAACUGCCUCUUUCCUGAUUUAAUGUCAACUGUCAUCUCUGGUUUAUCAUGGGCAUCAAGAUGGCAAGUUACUGUACAUGACAUUCAAACUACUUUUACUUUUUGCAUCUUGAUGCAGAGCGUCAUCAACACAUGUGAACCCUUCUCUGUUUAUGUUGAGACAAAACUGGGUUUUGGAAAACAGCUUUGAAUGUUCGACAGCUUCAAGAAAAGGACAAAAGUAUCUGUUUCAAAAGUAAUCGACCAGAUUCUAGUUGGAGGUUUUACAAAGGAAUUCACUGAAUGAUGUUCAGAUGCAUUUGAGGAACCCUGUGUCAUUUGUGCUAGAGGAAAAGAUGCAUGUUGUUGUAAUGAUAAACUGCACAUUUACAUAGAUGUAAUGAUGAUCAUCACCUAAUGCUUUGUGUGGAAGAAUAGCACUUACUGUGAUUAAAUGAUUUGGCUUCCCUAUCUCAUCAGAUAAGUUGGGAGUCUUAACUGUAAAAGCCUCAAACUGUGUGAUUGUCACAGUUUGAGGCUUUCACAUAUUUUUUAUUUUUAUUAGUAUGUCAAACAUGCAUGGACAUGUUACAUUUUGAUCAAUCCGGCCAAAUGCACUGAUUCUCUUGUCAUCUGAUUUGGUGUUUGUAAGACACUUCUCUCCUACAGUGUAUCCCCUCAUCAAUAUGUGACAGUUUAAAGGUCUCGAAGUUAUAAAAUCUCACCAAUGAAAUAUGGAAGUCAAAAAUAAGAAAUGACUUCUUCUUCAUGAAUGCAAUGCUCCCAUCCCAUAUCGUAGAUUAAAUCAUCUUUUUGAUGAUUAUCACCUCCUUCUUUCUGUGAAAGAUCUAUUCAAGGUCUUGACUAGUUCUCCAGUCGUUCUCUGUGUUGGCAUGAAUGUUGAUCCAUUUGCCGUCCUGUGUAAAGGUUUUGUUGUGGGCACCAAACGGCAGCCUGAGCAGCGUGCGGUGCAAGCUAUUGGUAACAAAGUAGUUUGAAUAAAAUCUGUGCAAAUGGACACAUUUUCAAUAAACUCCAAUUUGAUUACUA